AGUUGGCCUCCGAAAAUCGAGUCUAUGGGGGCAAGAGUGUGCAUCACCAUUCCCGUGUUUAUUUGACCAACCUAAACAGAACUUGCAAAGAACGGUAACAAUAUAAGAAAGCAUAAAUUGUGAACUAUGAUCUCAAGUAUCUAUUACUGGACUGGCAGAGUGUUCUAAUCUACAUAAACAAACCUAAGCGAAGUACUUAGUUUCUAUAGUUCGUGUCUAAACCACCUCAAAGGUGGUAUGUAAUUGCUCUAAAAGUUAUAAAUGUUCGUUUUGGUAAUUUUAAUUCGAGUGUACACAAAGAAACCUCAAAAGAGGUACUUAUUGUAAGAGUCCUAUUGCUCAUCUUAACAGUUAACGCAUCUAUUAAAUACAACUAAAAGUGGUGCCUGAACCCUCAAGAUUUACAUGUUAUGCCAGGAGUUUUUAUUAAUUGUGUACAUUACAAACCCAGGUGUAAAACUGAUGUCACCCUACAAUUUAAGUUGRAUUACAAAAUAUCCUAGAUGAUUGGAAAAGCCCUUAGGCAAACUAUAUUAUUACGAAGACCUAUGAGUGGGCAAGUGCUUUGGGUGGGUGGGAAGGAAUAGAAAAUAUUCUGGACAAAAUGUCGCACUGUAGUCUCACUCGUGUGAGAGCAAAAGACAGUGGCCAAAUUUAGCAAGCACGUAUCAAGAUGCUAAAGUUCACUCUGAUUGGGUGCUUUUCAGGAUUCUUACGUGAGGUCAUCCAAGGUCGAUCAAUGGAUGAUUAGCAAAGCAUAUAGCUCAAAAUAGAAACAAGAGUUGUUGAUUAACUGAGAUUUAUUUCAUAUGUUCAAUAAAUUGUGACAACAACUUAUAUACAUGACAUUUGGAUAUGAAUGCGAGCAGAAGGGUCUGAAAGUUUAGAGGGAUAACCGCAUUAUUUUACAAGACCACGACUGGAAGGACACCGGAGCCAGCAGUCCAUCAGUUAAAAGCAAGUGGAAGAAAAACAGUGAGCGGCAGUAAGUAAUGAAAUGUUCAGGAAAUUCCAAACUAACAAGUCUAAAGAAGGUGGGCUCUUGAAAGACUUGGAAACUCUUAACAAUCUGAAAACAAUGUUUUGUUGUCCAAUAUUUUGUUGUCCUACAUGAGAGGAAAGGAUAGACAUUUAUUGCAAGGAAAUCCCAUGGACACGUCUACUCUAGACUAAUGAGAAGUAAAAACCGAGUUCCAUUGUAUUUUGUUAACUACAAUAUUUACUUGUUUAUUUACCGCAUCCGAUUAACACCACAGUGUUAAUUACAUUGACACUAAAUCAAUGUGAUUAUUUUAGUUGUUUCUCUUUGUCUAAGUUUCGUUGAGGUGGCAGAAUCAAAGGACUCUACGUCUUUUAUUUUUUAGUUGCUAAAUGUUUCAAUACUUUUAGGGUUACUUUCCUUUUUACACCUACCUUCUUUUACUUUCCUAACGGGCUAAUGAUCACAAAGUAAAACAAAAGGAAAUAUUCCAAACAAAAAGUUCUCAUUGAGGGCACAUCAAUUCUAGAGAUUUAAAACUACCUAUUUAGAAAUACCAACCAAUUGCUAGGUUCGGUUUUUAAAUAUUUCAGCUACAAUCCAAUUCUUGGGAUUGGCAUAGACUCUGCCAUUUUAGAUUUAAUAAUUAUUCUGUGGAGAUUGACCUAUGGUUCCUUCCCAGAUUCCCUGCAAUGUUUUUUCUCCACAGGAGUUUUUUUUUUUUUGGCAGUGUUUGAUAUGCUACCUCAAGACAUUGACAUAGAAUAGACUGAUAAGACAAGUGAGUUAUGUAGACUAUUUUGCCACCUGAACGUGGAAAUAUUUUUAAAAAAUUAGCUUGGCAUAAACAAGAAGAUGGUGUUAUGACUAUGAAAACCCCCUAACAGUUCUCUUCCUACAGUAUCCGUUAGUGGUUCAUUUAAGUGCUGUAUCUCAUUCGAAUGUUUAUGUCGAAGAAAGAAAAAACCGCCCCAACCCAACAAGCGCCUCUUUCUUCAAAAAGUUACCAAAAGUAAAUUAGGGCCCGGGGAGAUAAAUGGAAUAAUAACUUAAAGUAGUUCAGAGAAAGUGCAGCCUACAGUUAUUUUACUCACGAGUAGCGAAAUGGAUGACUAAGCGAACGAGUGAGUUUGUUUAUUUGAACCCUCCUACACAAAAAUUUAUUCAAAUUAACACGCACCGCUAUCAAAAGCAUAACUCGUUAAAUAACCGCCUCGGGGAAGCGUCCUCGCAAGCGAAUCAGCUCAAAGUUUUAUGGCAUUCCGUGACUUAGAUUGUCUGUCAGUGAUUGUUUUUACCGCAGUACCAUGCAUCUAAAUAUAUAUACAUUCCUAAUGGAAGUUUGUACAAUUUGUUCGUGCAGUCCUGAUGCCAAUGUGUUGGACUGUUUUUAAUGACUAAAACGAAACAGAAUACAAUUUUGUGUGCUAUGUAGCAUAACGUAUUGUCUGAUUGAGACAAUAACUUCAUUGUGAUUGGCUGUGAACAGCCAAAUUUAUAGAUAAUUCAUAAUUUGCCCGGCAGUUAAUGCUUGCCCUCGUAGUGUUCUUUGUCAUAUAAUAAAUGAGUAGCCAUACGAAAGCUCGAGCAUUUAAAGACUUACACUGCUCCUGAUAUUCUCAAACUCUCAAAUAUUAUUCGUACUGCAUUUCGUAGAAUAGAUAAGUUUACUUAACGACAGUAACUAACGCCUUUAAAAAUGGCGUCAUGUCUGUGACAUCUAUCAUAAGGACACCUGUCUAAUCAAUGUAAACACGUUCGUCUGUCGUUUCGAUGUUCGUUGUAGAGUGGUUGGACUGAAUCAUAAAAGUAAGUACGCUAAGACGCCACGAUAUGGGCUCAUGCUUAUUCCCAAUGAUGGCCAUAAAUUCUUUUUAAUUGAUGCAAUACAUGCAAACGAUACAGUCUCUCUUGAUCUGGGAGUGAUCUACAAAGUGAAAGCGGAAAUGUAAAUGAAUUACAGAGAUGUAAAUGAUUUGGGGCUUAAAUGUGACUUGAAUUGUCACAGUUCGUCACAAGUCCAAAUUACAACAAUGGCUCACUCUCGACGCAGAGUGAGAAAACCUGUUGCAAGCAGAGAUGAAGGGUCUUCUCACGGUAUUUGCGACAGUGAAGCUGAGACAGAUCAAAGUUCUGCAAGCAGGAACAGAGAUUCAAGCGAACAUUUCUCGAGACUUGCAUUUUCGAAAUAUGAAGAAGAGCAGGAAACGGCAUACGGCAUCGAAACACUUCAGCAGAAAAGUGACAGUAACGAUGCAAAACUGAAUUUGGAUACUAAUCAGUCACCUGUGUCAGAGCACAAAGAUGGAGAAUGGCUAAAAGACCAUCCGUGGGAAAACGAAACACCAAGGCGCCAAGAACGGAUGGAGACGAGGAUGGACAUGUCGCAAGUGUGCAUCGUGCCAGAUAAAUGGCUCGCAAGUAAAACCGUUGAUCUCCAAAGGAUCUAUUCGAGUCUUCCGAAAUUUAUCGAUGAAAUCAAAGGACCAUCGAUUCGCCAAGAGCUAGAGGAAGUAUUGCAAAUCGAUCCAAGCUCACUAAAAAUACACAAAAAUUCAAAAUUGUUGAAGGCGAUUGAAUCUACAGAUACGAAGCUCUCCCCACAUGUGCUUGAAAUAGCUCAAAAGCAAAACAAGGUUCCGCCGCAAGACCAGCCAUCUCUUCGUGAUCACGGGAAUAACGACACUUUCAAGGCUUUUUCGUUAACUCCACCACAAAAGAUCUGGUUUUUUGACUGCGAAUACAUGCUUAAGAUGUGUCUGCCGGACGACUCAUUACAGUGGUUUAAAAAUAAUGAUCAGCAAGGAAGACGCAUUAGAGAAAUUAAUCCUGAAAAGAAAGAUAAAAGAUGGAUUUUUAUACCAUCUUUCCGCCGGGCCAAGAUUGCCUUGUUAGAUUGGCCCCAAGAUAACAUCGUGACCCAGGAAUCCACCAUCAGAUUACUGGUAGUACGACCUUCAGAGUUUGAAGAGUACACGUCUUGCUGCGGGCACAAGUUCCCUAUUAUCUGCCUCCCACAAGAUGAAAUCGGAGCAGGGUAUCCACGAUACUGGAUCCAGAAAAUUGCUCUACGCUUGAAGCUGCAUUUCAUCUGGAUGAUUGAUGACAGCGUGGAGUGCUUCUACGAAUAUGCGCCACCUCCUUGCAACAGAGGUUUAUACAAACCACGAAAAUUUGGCCUUGCGUUCGAACGUAUAGAAAAUUCGGUCAAGGCCACAAAAGAUGAAAGCCUGCCUAUCGCAGCCAUGAGCCCAAGACGAUUCAUGAGUUGGGACACUAAACCAAGACUACCAUUUGAUUGCAAACCUCCGCAAAGUGCUGUGUUUCUCAACUUAGCAGCACUGAAAUCAAAGGAGGUGUAUUAUCGACCUGAACUUCGUGUAUUAGAGGAUGUGAUCUUCGGGUACGAAUGUGAAAAAAAUGGCCUGAAAGUAUUCAUUGACAACCGCAUCCACCUGAAGGAUCAUGACUGGCAAGAUACCGGAGCUAGGAGUCCUUCUGUUCAACAAAAGCCGACUUAGCAACCUUACUUAAUCACUGAAGAUAUGACACUUGAAAACUAUAGCACAUUUUCAAGUAAUAUUUCAAGAUGUACUUUAGAUGUAGAAUGACUGAUCAGUGAGGUAAUCAGCAAGGUAAUCGUUAUCAGACUGCCAUGGAUAGCUUAAAAUUAAUUUUUCAAUUUUGUUUAAAGCCGCUGGAAUGUGAACUUGGAACCAUGCUGAAAUUUCGACGUAGCCCAAUACAAAAACAGUCUGGCUUCAUUAAAUCACAGGGGCUGAGCAAACUAACACAAUUCACUUGUUUCAUCUCUGAUUAUCUAGAAGUUUGAGAGAACAAAAUAAUAACUAAUAUUGAGAAGCAUGCGUGUCUUUUCCAAUAACUUAUAUUCACAACAUAGAAUUUUGUUCGUAUUUUUCAAAACAACAUUUCCCGUUUCUAAAAAUUAAAAGUAUAGGGUUAUAAACACUACUACAAUCCAAAUAGAGAUUUCAUUUUCCAUCUGUUGUCAGUACCCUUUUCAUCUUACUUUUACAGAGUAAGAGAUCAUUUGACUUUGCCGUAGGUACUAAAAGAAACUCUUUAGGAAAUGCCAAAACAAGAUGUACCAAUGUUAAAUCCUAGUCUGAACAUUUUCCCAGUUUCUCCUAAAGUGGGAACAAACCAUUAUUAAAUAGGGAAUUUGCUACUUAGCUUCUUCAUGAACUCUUAGUAACCAGUAAACAACCAACAAGAAAUUUUAAAAUAAAAAUAGUGACAUUAGCUCCUACAGCCAAAACCUGACUGAUUCAAAUUUUAUUGAAAAGUUUCAUCCACAAGGUGCAAUGAAAGUCAAAGUUGGGUCUGGUAGCCCACGGCCAGCAGAUUCUGUGGUCGGGUGAGUGGCUUCUAUCCUUUGGUUGAUCGCUUAAUUGAUCGAUCGAUCGAUCGAUCGAUUGAUUGAUUGUACUGUAUGCUCACUUUUUCAUUGAUGUUGAAAGAAAAAAUACAGUGGUGGAAGAAUUACUGCAAAGUAGCAUUAUUAGACAAUGUAAGUAUAGUAUCACUGAAUGUACUAGAUAUUUCUGCAAUCCACAGACUUGUAUCUUGAAACGUAUUUUUUCCAAGUAGAAUGCAACUGUCAAUAAUUCUGAAUAAAGUAUUGAAAAAUCUAAUGGCUGUUUUCAGAACAAUCAUUUCAUCAGUGAACAUAGUUUAUCCUAUGUUCCCUGGCGAAGUGAUGUCUAGCAAUGCCUGAGGUGGCAUCAGUACCACCACUUGACCAGGGGAUAGAGUGUUUUCGCAUGAUGUCGCAGCAGCCAUAUUGAUGAGUACCAAAAUAGUGAAAUGCCCGCAAUGUUGGUGAACCAAACCAAUAUUGUGGGAGUGGAACUCUUGUUUUGUGUAAACCUUUUCUGUUGUUCUAAUAAAUUUACAUGGCCGCUGGCCAUGUGAGUGCAAAAACUCUA